AUGAUUAGCACGGGCAAUAUUUUCGGGGUGUUUGCGGCGCUCUGUGUCUUUUUCGCUUACUUUUUCUUGGAACUCGAGAGCUUGCAAAUUGACAGAAGCUCGCUUGAAUUCGGGCAAAAAAUAGUGCUGGAAAAGGUCGAUCUUGAUUUGACCAAAUUAUCACCUGAAUUCCUGGCUUCGAAAGAAUUCCUCGAAGACGACGAAGUAGACGACGGAGAGGAGUACUACGACGAAGACCCAGAUCAAUCUCUCAAAACUGAUCUCCCAGACGCGACAGAUGUGUUAUCAGGCUCCCCCGAGCCCGAUUUCGAAAUUCCCUACGAAGACGUCAGCGAGGACGGCACGUGCAAGCCAAAAAGGCAUUUUGUCUUUCAUAAAAAGCAUAAAUGCGGCUCAACGGCGUUCCGUUUUAUCUUUCAAGCGUAUGCGCACAAGCACAGUCUGAUCGGGGCUAACUCCAUGAUCGGGCCAUUUCUGGGCGGUUACCCGGGGCGCUUCGACCCCCGCUUCGUCGGAAAACGUUACGUUACGUAUGACUACUCUGCCAGUCAUGUCCGAUUCGAUGCAGAUGCCUUCAGAAGUGUUUUCCCGGAAGACACGAUCUACUUGACUGUGAUUAGAUCGCCGCUAGAACAUUUUGAAAGCACAUUCAACUUUUUUUACUCAAGACAUCAUACGCUAAAAUCUGCUAUGGAACGGAAAAAUGACCUGUGUUGCUGGGGAAUGCCCUUUGCUGCCGUUUCUGGCUGGGACUCGAAUCCUAUCGAAUACCUGCGCGCCGCGCCAGAAAAAUGGAACAUGUCGAUUCCCUGGGCCUCCCGCGGCCGAAACUUCCAGGCUUUCGAACUUGGCUGGGACGUCGACAACGAGUCUCAGGAAUACAUUGAUCAUGGAUUGCGAAUGAUGGAAAGCGACUUCCAUUUGGUGAUGAUUUCUAAUUACUUUUUCGAAAGCCUCGUUUUGUUAAAAGACGCGCUGUGCAUGGACUGGAUCGAUUUGUAUGUUCCGCCGACCAAAGUCAAGCACUAUGAGCACGCGCCCUUCACACCUGAAGACGUUGAAACCUUCAAUUCGUUUUUUCACCAAGAUGUUGCGAUUUACAACCAUUUCAACAAGACUUUUUGGCAGAGGGUUGACGCUUACGGGCGGGAUAGAAUGAAGCGCGAUGUGGAACAUUUGAAAGAAGUUUACAAGCAGUGCGCGGAAAAGACGAUUGACUGCUCGCAUAAGGGUCACGAAGCGAUCAGGAAGGAAAUUCCGGAGAAAGUGCCGAGUGGUUCGGUGGAAGACCUUUUGAUGUACAUGAAAGAAAAUGGAGGAACCUGUGAUUGGGGCAAGUUCCCAACUCUUUGGAAAAAAUAUAUGACCAAUAGUAAGAAAAAGACCAAGAGCUAA